AUGGCUUCUUCCCGCGCUAAGUUGGCAGAGCUGCGGGCUCUCCGUGCCGCAGGAAAGAAACGCAUUUCGACGUACGAGAUCGAGGAACAGGGUGACAUUUACGAGGAAGUCGAUGAUGAUGGAUAUAAGAAGAUUAUCCGUGAUCGACUUGACGAAGAUGACUUCGUUGUUGAUGAUAACGGUGAAGGAUACGCAGAUGAUGGUCGAGAAGUCUGGAAUGACCAAGGAGGCUACUAUGAUAGUGACAGCGACGACGAUGAAUUACCGGUAAAUAGCAAGUCUGCGAAACGGAAGCGAGAGGAGGAGAAACAGCGAAAAGAGAAAAUCAAUAAUGGAAUUUCGAAAUAUUUCAAUAAGGGCAGCACUGCGUCGGCUCCCAAACCCAGACCUGUCGCCUCGGCAGAAGAUGAUGCUUUCAUGGCCGACCUUCUUGGGGAAGUUGAUACCAAUGUAGUAUCGAAUCAUGUUCCAACACCGAAUGUGAUCAAAUCGGAGACGCGGCGCAAAGUGCGCAUCCUCUCUCCUCCGCUAGCCCAGCGAACGCGCACAGAAAAUAAAGCCCAGAAAGAUAAGAAUAACGAUCCAAUGUCUCCAGGCGACCGAAAAGAGGAUCUCGACUUGGAUAACGAUGAUGACCCCCUUCCAAUCACAGAUGAUGAUGUACCAAUGAGCGAUCCGAUGCCCUCGUCUCCCACGAGUAAAGCCGUGGAAAGGAAAACCACUGCCGUUGUGAAAACUGAGGAUCCUGAGGAGGAGGAUAAUGACUUGAUGGAAAUCGCCGAGGCGACUGGACAGAACGAUGCCAAGACAGCAAAUGUUAACAUGGCCGGAAGCCGGCCCCCUCCCAAGAUUAAGCAAGAAACCUACCCAGGCCCGGCAAGCUCCUCGCCUAUGAAAACAGCGCCGGAUGUUGUAAAUGCCUCGUGGAAUGACGUGCGGAGCAAGUUGAAUGUUAUCAGUAGCCCGGCGUCGGAAAUGCGAACAUUCGGUAAGCUGCGUGCACAGGAUGUUGUCGAGGAGGACGGUAGCCUGCGCAUGUUCUGGCUGGACUUUACAGAGGUUAAUGGUAGUCUAUGCUUAUUCGGAAAGGUCAGAAAUAAGCAGAAUGGCUCCUAUGCCAGCGCGUUUGUCAAAAUCGACAAUAUCCUGCGAAAGCUGUACUUCCUUCCCCGGGAACACAGGCACAAACAUGGCCGAGAAACGGAUGAGGAGGUGGAUAUGGAGGAUGUCUAUAGCGAAGUUGAUGAAAUGAUGUCACGACUUCGAGUUGGGAUGCAUAAGAUCAAGCCGUGUACACGUAAGUAUGCAUUCGAGUUGCCUGGUGUUCCCAAGGAAGCGGAUUACCUCAAGUUACUGUAUCCUUACGAUAAGCCUGCGCUGCCCAUGGAUACUAAAGGGGAGACGUUUUCCCAUGCAUUUGGGAUCAACACCUCAUUAUUUGAGCAGUUUGUGCUUUGGAAGAACAUCAUGGGCCCUUGUUGGCUGAAGAUUGAAGAGGCCGAUUUUUCCGCCGUUAACAAUGCAUCGUGGUGCAAGUUUGAGUGUCAGGCCUCUAAACCUGCACUAAUCUCCCCUGUCCCCGAUUCUGAGAAUCUAGACUCGCCACCUCUGACAUUGAUGAGUCUAUCUUUCAGGACACAGCUAAAUGUGAAGGAGAACAAGCAAGAGAUCAUAGUUGCGAGUGCUCGGGUUUAUGAAAACGUCUCCCUCACAGAUACGACGCCUCCAGAGAGACUUCCCUGCAAGACGUUCACAGUAAUGCGGCCUGUGGGCUCUUCUUACCCUAUGCACUUCGAAGCAGAGACGCGAAGGCAACGAGGCACUUUCAUGUUGGAGAAGAGCGAACAGUUCUUGCUCAGCAAGUUCCUCGCAUUAUUCGAAAAGAUGGAUCCUGAUGUCUUAAUGGGUCAUCAACUACAGGAAGUAGAUCUGAGCGUUUUACUCAAUAGGCUGAAAGAAAAGAAAACACCUGGUUGGCAUCGCUUGGGACGACUGAAGCGAGGCGAUUGGCCUAAAAAUUUUAAUAAAGGAGGGGGGUUCUUCGCUGAGAGACAUUUGAUUGCUGGAAGACUAAUGUGCGAUGUUGCUAACGACAUGGGCAAGUCCCUCAUGAUGAAAUGUCAAUCAUGGAGUUUGACGGAGAUGUGUGAACUAUAUCUCGGACAGGGAAACACUCGACAGGACCUAGACUGCGAAGCCGCGUUGAAGACGUGGGCCAACUCGAAGGAGGGCCUUAUGAAUUUCGUGAACCAUUGUGAUGCAGAUACUUAUUUCAUCGCCGCCUUGGUACUGCGACUACAGAUGUUACCCCUGACAAAGGUCCUUACAAAUAUCGCGGGUAACUCCUGGGCAAGAACACUUAGCGGAACGCGUGCCGAGCGCAAUGAGUACAUUUUGCUACACGAGUUCCACCGGAAUAAGUACAUUUGUCCUGACAAAUACUCGUCUAAGUUGCAAAAGGUGGAAGAGAAGAUUCAGGACGGUGAUGAGGACGAUGCCACAGACAAGAAAAAGAAAGACAAGUACAAAGGUGGUCUUGUCUUUGAGCCCGAGAAAGGCCUGUACGACAGAUUCGUGCUGGUUAUGGAUUUCAAUAGUCUGUAUCCGAGCAUCAUCCAGGAAUACAAUAUCUGUUUCACAACGGUGGAUAGGGCCGCAACGGCAGAGAACGAGAACGAGGAGAAAGUGCCCGAGGUCCCCUCUCCUGACCAAGAGCAGGGUAUAUUGCCUCGACUCAUUUCGACUCUCGUUGGUCGUCGACGGGAAGUGAAAAAGCUCAUGAAGGACAAACGUGCAACACCAGAGCAGCUUGCACUGUGGGACACCAAGCAGCUCGCCUUUAAGCUAACGGCCAACUCCAUGUAUGGAUGCCUGGGAUACACACAAAGUCGCUUUUACGCUCGUCCGCUGGCGAUGCUCACCACAUUCAAGGGCCGUGAAAUUCUUCGAAGCACUAAGGAAUUGGCCGAAUCAAAACAGCUGAGAGUCAUAUACGGUGAUACCGACUCGGUCAUGAUCAACACCAAUAUGGACACUAUUAGUGACGCGUUGAAAGUCGGGGAAGAGUUCAAGAAAUCGGUAAACGAAAGAUACCGUCUUCUAGAGAUUGACGUUGACAAUAUCUUCCGCCGCCUCCUACUACAUGCCAAGAAGAAGUAUGCUGCUGUGAACAUGACAGAAGUGGAUGGAAAAUAUGUGGACAAGCUGGAAGUCAAAGGUUUAGAUAUGAAGCGACGUGAAUACUGUGCCCUGUCAAAAGAAGCUUCUCAAAUACUCUUGAACGAAAUCCUUUCGGGCGAAGAUCAAGAAGUAGUACUCAAUCGUGUUCAUGACUACCUGCGCGAGUUAGCAAACAAGAUGCGGGAAUAUACCAUACCCGUUCAGAAAUAUGUGAUUUACACGAAACUUUCCAAACGACCUGAAGAGUAUCCUAAUAAAGAGUCGAUGCCACCGGCACAAGUUGCUCUCCGCGAACUUUCCCGCGGCAAGUCGGUCCGGCCCAACGAUGUAAUCUCGUACAUUGUGACAAAUGGGGACUCGGAAACGUCCUCUCUUCCUCCAGCGAAGCGCUCAUACACGCUUCAGGAUGUUCUGAAAGGGGAUUCGGGGCUCAAACCCGAUAUUGAGUUCUAUCUUCUCAAGCAAAUUUUCCCCCCUAUCGAGCGUCUCUGUGCUCCGAUUCCGGGCACUGAUGCAGUUCGACUGGCUGAGUGUCUGGGUCUGGAUGUUCGCAAAUAUCAAAUCAAUAGCUCGAGUGGAAACAGCCAACAGAAUGCGGAUAUUUUCCCGCUUGAGUCGCAGAUUCCAGAUUCUGUUCGGUUUCAGAAUGCUGCGCGACUGACGCUUUCCUGUCGGUUUUGCAAAGAGAAUUCUGUCUUCGAAGGACUGGCUGCGUCCUCACACAUGUGCAAUGCCCAUGGCCUUCUCUGUCCUAACCCUUCGUGUCAGAAACAAUUCUCGAUCUUGACGAUCAUUGCACAGCUGGAAAGCCAAAUCCGGGUCCAAACAUCGAAAUAUUACGAGGGAUGGCUCGUCUGUGAUGAUUCCGCGUGUGGCAACCGAACCCGACAGAUGAGUGUUUAUGGUCGUCGGUGUCUUGGCCCUCGGGGCCAUGCUGAGGGAUGCCUUGGUCGAAUGUCUUACGAGUAUUCUGAGAAGCAGAUCUACAACCAGCUGCUCUACUUCGCCGGCCUUUGGGAUGUGGAUAAAGCCCGGCGUUCGACUGAGAAAGAAGCCAACGGAGAGAAGAAGGAGAGCGUAGCGGCCCUGGUGGAAUUCAACCGUGCGAGGUUCGGAACUAUCAAAGGGGUGGUCGAUGGGUAUCUGAAGAAAUGCGGUCGCCAGUGGGUAGAGAUGGAUAGCCUGUUUCGCUUUAUGCUCGCCUAG